UGGUCGUGGUUGGGCCGCGUGUCGUGUUCUGACGCUGCUCCUCCCAUGUCGGGCCUUUCCCUUUGUGUCUUUUCCCCUCUUCCUUUCCUUUUUUUUACCAACACUUUGGCGGGCGGGAAAAAAUUAUUCGGUCACACGAAAAAGGCGAUAAUUUUUCCUCUCCCGGUGACGCGAAAAUGGAUUUCUCCGACGAUGACGACGGAGAUGGCGAAGGCGACGAGAGUUUCGCGUCCCAUUUCUACAAGGGUGGUUCGGAUUGGUCUUGUUUGGUCUCAGAGACCGAUCAGAUUUGUCGUGAAACGAACAAGUCGAAGAAGAUGAAACAAGCCAACUUGUUCCAGAUUUGGGGUCUUCAGAAACCGUCUCCGCCGCCUCCUCCUUCUCCGACGAAGAUGAAAUCGAUGGCGAAGAAGACGAAUGUUGUCGGGAAGAGGCUCAGGAACGGUCCGAACACCAAUGGCUCUCCCCGUGCUUGCCCUUUCUACAAGAAGCUUCCAGGAACACCUUUCACUGUCGAUGCCUUUCGCUAUGGCCGAAUCCAUGGAUGCUCUGCUUAUUUCCUUACCCAUUUUCACUAUGACCAUUACGGUGGUCUCUCCAAGGCUUGGUCUCAUGGCCCCAUUUACUGUUCUUCUCUCACCUCUCGUCUUCUCACCCUUUCUCUCUCCAUCAAUCCCUCGUUUAUCCAUCCCUUGGAACUAGACAAGGAAUACACCAUUAAUGGCAUCAAAGUCACGUUGAUUGAAGCUAAUCACUGCCCAGGUGCUGCUCUUAUUCACUUUCGCCUCCCUGAUGGAACAUGCUAUCUGCAUACUGGAGAUUUCAGGGCUUCUAAACAGAUGCAGACUCACCCUCUCCUCGUGAACCGACGAGUUCAUGUGCUAUAUCUGGACACAACAUAUUGUAAUCCGAGAUACAAGUUCCCUUCCAAAGAAGAUGUGUUGAGUUAUGUUGUCAGAAUCACAAAGGAUUUUCUCAGGAAGCAUCCAAAGACUCUGAUUGUGGUCGGUGCUUAUAGCAUUGGAAAAGAAUGUGUCUAUCUCUCCAUUGCCAAAGCACUUGGGGUUAAGAUAUUUGCAAGUGCUUCCAGGAGACGGAUAUUGCAAUCUUUCGGAUGGUCUGAUAUCUCGGAGAAUCUUUGUAGAGAUGGAAGAGAUACAGUUCUGCAUGUUCUGCCUAUAUCGUCAUUGAGGGCCGAUAGAUUGGGAGAGUACUUGAAGGUUUACAGUGAGCAUUAUGCAGCAGUUCUUGCAUUUAGGCCUACUGGUUGGACUUACUCUGAGAAGAUUGGAGAUAAGCUUGAUCUGAUUAGACCUUCUUCUAAGGGCAACAUCGCUAUUUACGGGGUCCCAUAUAGCGAGCAUUCGAGCUUCACAGAACUCUGCGAGUUUGUUCAAUUUCUAAAGCCAGAUAAGAUCAUUCCUACUGUGAACGUUUCGAAUGCCGGUACCCGUGAAAAGAUGCAAUCACAUUUCAGAGAAUGGCUCAGAAGCUGAGGCAGAUUUAGUGGAGCCUGGAUUCUGUUUGGCAAGAGAAUCUCUUCCCUUCUGCAUAUAUACAUACAUAUAUGUGUGUAUAUAUAUAAGCAGAAACCUCACAAUUCUGGAUGUAAAGCCAAGAUAUGAACUUUGGAAAGCAGAAAUUUCAGAGUUGAAGCAGCCAUUGGAAGGAUCAUACUACGAAAUUCUCAAUUGUAUUUCUUGAUUACUGUCUCUUAUAACCAAACAGCUUUUAGACCUUCGACAGUUCCAUCCUUCUUAGUUACGAUGUUUUAUGCUUGCACUCAUUUGUCCAAAUGCCUUUGCCUGUUUCA